AAUUCAUACUUUUUUUUUCUGUCCUAUGAUUAUUCUUGAGAAAUUGGAAGAAAUAAGGCAAAAAAAAAAAAAUUAUAUUUAACUUGCUAACCAUUAUAAUCAUCAAAAGGUUAUAUAGGAUGUAUUUUAGGUAUUAUUGACAACUUCAUCUUUAUAACCAUCACGCUUAAAGCCACCAUCCCUACCACCACCAGCCAUUGCCCACCACUUCGACCACUGCUCCGGCCAGCCACCACCCACCACUCCGACCACCGCUCCAGUCAGCCACCUCCGAUCACCAAUUCCGGCCAGCAACUUUCGGCUAGCCACCUCCGACCAGCCACCUCCGUCCACUCAUCUCUGGCCAGUCAUCUCCGGCCAGCCACCACCGGUCAUCCACCUCCGAUCACCUACCUGCGGCCAGACAUUUCCGACCACCCACCUCCAACCAACUGAGAAUAUUUUGUGGUUAAGGUCUUAAGGAUGGUUGAAGACAAUUGGUUUGAGAUAUCUCCCUAUAAAAUGGCGCUCUAAGUCCCAACUGUUAAAGCCAUCCUAUUUUCCUAGUUCCUUCCCAUCUCUACCUUCUUCAAAUUUCCAACCAAGAACAAUAAUGACGAACCAUCUUCAAGAACCUUUAACCACUUCCCCCAAACCGGGUCUAACCAAAGAACAGGAACAACUUGACGAAAAGUUGAUGAGCUUGCAAGCGUUCAGGAUCGCCAACUCAUUGGCUUUUCCCAUGGUUUUCAAAGCUGCCUUGGAGCUUGGCGUCUUUGACACAGUCGCUGCGCUAGGCAAAGACGCGUGGCUCUCCUCUUCCGAGAUAGCUUUUGCUCUCCCUACCAAGCCCAUCAACCCAGAGGCGCCAAUCUUGUUAGACCGGAUGUUACGGUUACUCGUCAGCCACUCGAUCUUUAAGUGUCGUGUAGUUGAAACCGGGGGUAACGAUCAAACCGGAAUGACCCAAAGGGUAUAUGCAGCCGAACCCAUUUGCAGGUUUUUCUUAAACCGCGGUGAUGACUCGGGUUCGCUCAUGACCCAAUUCAUGUUGCUCCAGAGCGAGGUCUUUUUCAAAACUUGGACACAUCUGAAGGAUGUGAUACAAGAUGGAAAAGAUGCAUUCAGUUCUGCCCAUGGCAUGGGAAUCUACGAAUACAUUGAGUUGGACGAACAAUUUGCUGGUAUAUUUAACAAGGCAAUGUCAGAAUCUUCUACCAUGAUCAUGAAGAAGUUUUUAGAAAUAUACAAAGGAUUCAAAGAUGUAAAGACUUUAGUUGAUAUCGGAGGAGGACUUGGCACUAUAAUGAAUCUUGUUACUCGCAAGUACCCUGAAAUAAAGGGCAUCAAUUUCGAUUUAGCUGCAAUUAUAGCCACUGCUCAUGUUUAUCCAGGAGUGGAGCAUGUAUCAGGAGAUAUGUUUAUAGAAGUUCCAAAAGGAGAUGCAAUCUUCUUGAGACGGAUGUUACGUGAUUGGAACGAGAAAGAUUGUGUAAAGAUACUAACAAACUGUUGGAAGAGUCUGCCGGAAAAGGGGAAAGUAAUAAUAGUUGACACGGUUGCACCAUCAGAACCAAAGAGGGACGACGACAAUUUCUCUAACAUUGUCUUCGGUAUGGACAUGUUGAUGUUAACACAAUGUUCCGGUGGUGAAAUGAGGUCAUCUUCUCAGUUUGAAGCUUUAGCCUCUGCUGCGGGUUUUCAUAAAUGUGAAAUAACUGAUCUUUCUUAUACGUAUUCUAUUAUCGAAUUCCACAAAUAG